AAAUAUGUUAUUGAAUAUUUUUUUGCUGAUAGAAUGAAAGUAAAUACAGGGUUUCUGUGGGUUCUAUGAAGGUCAAUUUAAAGGUGCCGUAUAGGAUGCACACCAAGUGGUUGAACUAGAUAUUGCAGUCCAAAUUCAAAAUAUUGGAGAGGGUUUUUUCACUCGGCCCCUCCUCCUCAGACUUAAUGCACACGCAGGUUGCCAGAUUGACGACACAAACAGGAACGAGUGCACUUGACGAUGAAUGAAAUGAAAUACACUAUGUUUUCCGCCAACUGGCAACCCGGGGUGACGAAAUACAGUUGGGUAAAGUGGGAGUGGGCGGGUUUCACAAACCAAAACAAAGCUGGACAUUUUCAAAGGAGAAUAACUGACGGUAGCAUUGUUUUUCAGAUAAACAAGUAUGUUAACUUAGCAUGUUUCUUAAAUAUCUGCAAACAUAUAAUGGUAUUUUUAUGGUUUAGUUGAGUCAAAAUCUUAUAUACAGCACCUUUAAGACUCUAAGACUAUAAGACGUUUUCAGGACCUACAUGACUUUUUAAUUAAUUUUACAAAAUGAUAGAUUAAGGCUUGAAUAUCUCUGCUCACAAACACUAGAAUAUGGAAGUAACUUUUUUUUUAGUACACUCUUAUCACAUUGCAAAAAAGUGAUUCUUCCUCAGUAUUUUUGUCUUGUUUACCUGAGAAGCAAAAUCUGUCAUUAGGGAAUGAAAAUUUUUUCUGAGCCCAUUGACAGAUAAUUGUUGUUGUUUUAAUCAUGAACUCUCUUAAUUUUGAUCUAUUUCUCAAAAAAACGACUUCAUAUCUUAAUUUUUGCAUCUGAAGUAAAUGUAACUUGAAUUAAGGAUGGUUAGAUAUUUUUUUCGCAAAACAAAUACUGUGGAAAAUAUGCAGUGCAUGUAACAUUUAAUGCCAUGACUUUAUAAAUUUAAGACUUUCUACUUUGAUUUAAGACCUUUUUAGGCUUUAAUUUGUGGAAGAGGUAAAUUAAGACUUUUUAAGGCCCACCGAAACCCUAUAAAUAGAUUAAUUUAAGUGGGUGUACAAACCCGUGAGGACCUGAAAGUGGCUGAUGUUUUACUGCUGGUCCAGAGGAGCUGAGAGACCCUGUACAUCAAAAAUGCUCUUAAAACAAAUCCCAUUUAUUAUGAAAUCCCAUUUAUUAUAACUGGUGUUAAACACAAGACAUGAUGUGGCUGUUCUGAGGUGAAGUGGAACACCGUUGAUACUCCCUCUUACAGAACUCACUUAUCUUGUGAUUCGCUGACCACUGUUGCCCAGGGCGAAGCUAAUGCUUGUUACCAUAUUUAAUCGACCUAUUCGGAAACAUGAGCUCCAUAAACAGACGUUUAUUCCUCUAUGAGGAAUUUUCUGCUCUUGUCAGAAGAGAUUUGCAGAUUAAGCUGCUGAGCUUUUGAAAAUCUAGUUAGUGGAGUGUCAGUUCCGUGUUGAAAAUCACUGUCAUUAGCAGAUAAGUGAAGCAUUGUGAAUCUGUGGCACUUUCACAACAUUGAUCUGUUUGAGUGAUACAUCAACCAAUCACCUGAGUUUGGGGCAGAACUAUCUGACUGAUUGACCAACGAUGGACGAGUGAUUAGAAACAUGUGAAUCAUUAUUUGAGUUCUGUGCAGAUGUAACAAUGACACACUUCAGUUUCCUUCAUCAUUUUUAGUUUAAGUUGGCGUCUGAAGUGAUGCCUUUGUACAAACCAAAUUAAUCAUCACUUUUGAUCAAACUUGCUUGUAUUUUGAAGGCCAUGUAAUGAAAUGUGGCUCGAAGCUAAAUGCAGUUAUCUGAUUCAUGAGCAUGUUCAGAUGAAGACAUGUUCAUAGAAAUUUUUCUGCAGUUGUUGUUCAUGUAUGUGAAAGGUCAGAAGGUCAACACAGAUGAAGACGGGUCACCGUGGAGACUGGAGAGAAAGACCAGAGGGCCAAAAUGUGUCAUGACUGCACUUUUUGAUGCAAUGUGCAUGUGCGUCACACAAAUACAGUCAUUCACAGCUGCAUAUUCCAUACUUUCAAACAUAAAGAUGUUGUAAGUUCACAGAUGGAUUGAAGAUGAAUGAAGUUAGAUCAGUCGUACCUGUAGCUCAUCUGAUGGAACUAGGCCAUAUAUUUACUACUGUCGCUCACCCAACAUGGAGAUCUUCACCUGCUGGUGGCGGCCGAUUGCUAAUCAGGACAAUGUCACAUACACGCUCCUAUACACCACGGGUGAACACACUCCUCAGGAGUGUCCCGAUUACGUGAGCGGUGGCAUCAACAGCUGCUUCUUUGAUGCCAAACACACUCAGAUCUGGGAGAUGUACUGCAUGAAUGUGACAGCACACACACACACUGGGCAUAUCACCUCCAAGAAACAUUGCCUGGACGUGGCCGAUAUAGUGGAGAUCGACCCGCCCUUUAACCUGACAUACAUUAUGCUGAACGAGAGUUUCGGUGAAUCCGGGCGCAGUAUUUUGUUGUCAUGGUUGUAUCCAGUUGCCUCUCAAGUGCGUGAGGGAUGGAUUACGCUCAUCUACGAGCUACACUACAGACAUCUCGCUCAGCCAGACAACUGGCGGGUACAGACACAGAGCGUGAAAGAGCGUUUGCGUGAGCCUCACGUGGAGUUGUUGGAUCUGCCGGUGGGAACUUAUGAGUUCAUGGUCCGCUGUCGCUCCACCAACAGCAAACACUGGAGCACUUGGAGCGAGUCCAUUAACAUCACCAUCAGCAGCAGACCUCUGUCCGAUCGGAUGUUGGCCUUCAUCCUUGUGAUCAGCAUUGCCAUUAUGGCCUUCCUCAUUAUUGGUUUUGGGAUCGUCCCACGAAGCAAGAGAAUUAAAUCAUUCCUUCUGCCACCGAUUCCCAAACCACGCAUCCGAGGGCUUGAACCUGUUCUGCUGAAGAAGGGGAAGAUUGACGAGAUCAAUCAUCAUUUCUCCAGUUUUCACAGCUAUAAGUCACCACAGUACUGCAUGGAGACUUGGUACCAGGUGAGCGUGGACAUGUGUCCAUCUGCGAUGCCCAACAGUUUCCCGUCUCAAUAUAAACACGAGGAUGCGCCGAUCACACAGCAUGUCACUUGCCCCGAUGGACAACAGUCUGUUCAGACAAGCUGCAGUCCUGCGCCAUAUUGUUGUAGCCCUGCCUCCUACUGUGAGGGAACCACGCCCCCUCCAAACACUGGCCACGCCCACCCUGAGCUUGUGUCCGUCCCAGGCAUGGACUACAGCAUGAUUCUAAACUCGGCCCCUGCACCACCUCGAACUCAUGACUUCUAUACAUGUGUGAAUGGCUUGAUGCCUGAUGGGGUGCUGCAUCUGGUGCCCUGCCUGCCUGACAUGCUGAAAAACACACCCUACCUGCAGUUCAAAGAGGGAGCGGAAGAUGGCAUGGACAAGAGCAGUCAGCUAGCAGUACUGCUGGAGAAGCAGAUGGAGGCACUGUUGAGCGUGAGUGAAUCAGACCCAAGCGAAGCUGCCAUGCCUUUGCUACCUCAUUCAUCAGACACAAACUGAAAGCAAAUCAGCAAAUGCUGCAAUGUCUGGUAAUGACCAUGCGACAUACAAUCACAUGCCUCAUACUCAUACACUAACACAGCCCAGGAGUCACGCAGUCUGUUCUGGUUUGUUUUGAUAGGAAAUAUGACUGGUGUUUCAGUUCAGAAUGAGUGCAUUUGCAUGCAGGAAGGCUGAUUCACAGUACAUGCGUCAGCAGAGCAUAUGUUUUCACUGCUUAUGUUAAGAAAUAAGGUUGUUCACAUUGAAGCAUGAGUCUACUUUUGCAACGAUGCUCAUGCACAAUUAAAGUAACAACACACUGUUGAUGGACUAAAUGAAUAUUAUUUGAAUCUGAAAAAAAGUUGUAGUUUUAAUAUGAAUUAGAGAAAGCCAUGUAAAUUAUUUAGUUACCAUUCAGAUGCAUAUUUCCAUAUUUAUGUAAAUAAGAUUUUACAGUUAUCAAGGUUGUAAUAUUUUUCAGUGACUCACUUCUGAUCACCAUUUAAUGUCAUAAUGCUUAUUUCUAAAUGAAACAGUCACUGUAGUUAACUAAAAAUCUCUGCAUAGUAGGCAGAAACCCUCUCGGUGUGAAUUCACAUUUGAAUUUGCUGCUGUAUUUUCGCUCACGCUUGCAGUGUGAAACAGGCAAGAGUCACAGUUGUUUAUUUCAUACAGAGAGCACACAGAUAAUCUGCAGGUCAUUGUGGGUGUUUGUAGUGAAGUCUUUCAGUCAGGACAGUCGUGGUGUUUAAUAAAUGAAAGUGAGGCUGAGAGAGACAGACUGACUGUUGUUUCUCAUGAUGAUCCUUCAGCCGAUAAACAUCAAACCAUUAAAUAUAGUGUCUUUCAUUACUGCAGUUCAUGUCAGGAGAGAGAAGCAUCAGUAAAUCACCAUAUAAAUGGAGCUUGAAUCUAAAACAUGAGCUUCAACAGAAUAUGCUGUUUGGUGGAUGAUGAGACUAGACGAAGCAAGAGAGAGAGAUUAUCAUAUAGAGGAGAUCAGAUCACAGACUUCAUGGACAGAGCAGAAUCUCGGGUCGAACAAGAAAUGACUGAAAUGAGGAAAUCAUCUUUAUUUAAUGGAAAGAAGGAAGAAUAAAGAGGGAACUCUCAAUCCGGUCACAUCUCAACCAUGACCAGUUAAACUCACACAACUCUUGAUGUAUAGUGGAGAAAUAUAUAGCUUUAUUUCAAUAAAGAUGGUAUGGACAAGGGCCGUUGCCCAUCAGUGUCCUCUUGCAGUCAUAUGAUUCAGGAUUUAUUAAGUUUCUAGAGCCAGAGUCUCAUCCAGAUGUGCUUUAUGGUGAAAUUAAAUGAGAGCAAAGAAUGUGUCACUCAGUUUAAAUGCUGAGGAAUAUGAAGAAUACAGAAAACAUCUAUGUCAGCACUCAGAUUCAAACCAUCACAGUCUUCAUGUCAUUGUCAUUUCAAAUGAAACCAUGCAGACUGCGUCAUCUCUCAUGGACUACACUGUAACACACACACAUAUAGCUGAACUCAAGGUUUAUCAUAAGUGAUCACAGGGCUGUUCAUGCCAAACCCGCUGCUGUGUGACAGCCUCUUGCUCGACAAAUUUCUGGAGCAGGUGUCAGGAAACAAUCGGUCGUUCGGGCUGGAAAUAAAACACUCUCAGACCUUGAAAAUCAGAUAAUGCAGGAAUAUUUUUGAAAUAAUGGACAGAUGAGAGAACUGAAAAAUAUUCUGCCAUCCACCCACUUCACUGUGGGUGAAGUGGGUGCUGUUGGAUGUGUAGAUGUAAUUCUUAUUUUAUUUUUAUUUCGUGAACAAGAAGCAUUUACAAGCCAUGAAUACAAAAAUAUGCACACCAAAGACAACACUAUGAGCACUUCACGAGACGAGUGUGAGUACAUGAGUGUGCUGAAUGUCAAACACUGUCAAUGGCAGUGAUCUGCAUGAAUCAGAAAUGUGUUUCUGAGUCCCAUCAGGAUAAAUAUGAAUUCUAAAGAAACUCUAAAGUUGUUGUAUGGUUUGCUCGUUGAGCAAGUGAUGAUGUAAUGAAUGUAUAGUUGUGAUGAAGAGCCACAAGAUGCAAUCCCAUUAGAGUGUUUCACUGAUGCAUCGUAGUUUAUACACUGAUCCUUAAACAUAGACAGUGAAUAAAGCAAAACGAUCACUGUGUUCAUAAGCAGCAUCACCAACGGGCUGAACUGAAUAGUUCAUAAUGGCCUCAUGUCGUGGAUGUUGAGGCUUUAUUUUAUUAGACUACAGCACUUUCCAUGAAUACAAUGAACUCUGGAGUUAGUGUUCAAAGCAUUAGACCCAAACCCCAACCUGUUUAGUAGGUUGAACUAUUAACUAUUACCUUACACAAAAUUAAGCCAGCAUGAAAAGUAGCUUGUUUUGAACUUCGUCAAAUGUUUGAGCGACAGCAUAUUGUAUGCAAAAAUGUUAAUUGAAAUCUCUCUCUGGUGUAAUUUGUAAAUGUGGUUUUUAUUUAAUCAGUUUUAAUUUUGACAUUUGUUUAAUGUUCAUUGCUAGAAAUGAAUCAGGGUUUUAAUUGUGUAACAUGUAUCCCAAAUGUUGUAGAAAGUUGUAGCUAAUCUUGUUUCUGCAGGUUCAGCACCUUCAUUCGCUAUACAUGACUCCGUUUUGUACUGUAUUCAUGAAGAGUGCCGAAUAUAAAACUCUACUGAAGAUAAGAAAAACACUUUAUGAUAAACAAAAUUUUAUUUUUUAUAUGUUUGUUUUUGGGUUUGAAGCAGUUUCAUAUGAGCUCUGUAUAAAAUAGUGUCAUAUAUAUAUUUAGAGAGAGAGAGAGAGAGAGAAAGCGAGAAUGUUACUGUAACUAGAAUCUGUUUAAAUGUGUGCGUGCAAGUGUGUUUGUGAGUAUAAGCAUGUGCACAAGUGUGUAAAUGUGAGUGUGAGCGAGCGUGUGUGUGCACAUAGUUUUAUACAGUAUGUGUGCAUUAGAGAGACUGAAGCACUGUUUUUUGUUCAACACUUUCUCAGACUCAUUUCAGUGUCAGUUCAUGUUUUAGAAACAUUUCCUCUUGAUUUUCCUCUGAUGGAUUAUUUGUCAUUGGCUGUUUCUCUGUGGUGAAAGUGAUGUGUCUGUGCCUUACUCGUGUAGAUUUUUCCUGUUGUUAUAAAUGUUAUCAACACUCCACUGUUAUACCUGCAGAUCAACUAUAGAAACACAUUAGAAAGGUGCAUAUAUAUUUUAAGAAAAAUUUAUAGAGUAAUAUGUCUGCUAUCACAGAAUUACAGUAUAUAUUCUAAUUAUAACGUUUUUGUACAUUAGAUGAUUUUUGUGUGCUUUCUGUAAGCUUCUGUUUCUCUUAUAAAUUUUGUCAUCUGUGGGAAAAAAUCACAUUCCCAUGUGGUCAAAUAAAGAUGAGCUGAAACGUG